UACAUCGCGUGAGUUCAGAACGUUCAGAAGUUUUUUAUUGUUUGCAUUGAAACCUGUGUGAAUAUGAACGGUCAAAUUUUCUACACGGAGUAUGGGUUCCCAGUCGAUACACUGUUCCUGAAAUCCUUGCCGAAAGAUAUGAGAGACGACGACCUCUUCAACCAUUUUUCUACAUUCGGCAAUGUCCGAAGCGUACGAACUUACAUUCAUGCGACGGAUUCGUCUGGAUUUGUUCAAUUUCAGGAAGCCGAAGUGACUGCAAAAGUAUUGAGAAUUAAACAUCAUUUAAUCGAUGGUCACAAGGUACAUGUCGAGAUCGCACGUACAUGGCAUCACAAUGUAUCGUCGACAGCGAAAGACGAUUUACCAUUAGAGUCGACCAAUCUCACUGGGACAAUGUUGAUGGAUCUCAAUGAUGAUUGCUUGCGUGAAAUAUUAGCCCGCGCAGCACCCAUGACAUUGUGUUCUUUACUUGAAUUGUCGGAGAACUGUAAGAACAAUCGUUUGAAGGCAAUCACCAUCGAAACAUUUGCACGAAAAUACAAAACCUGCCAACUGAAUCAAUGUGCGCCUACAGUGGAUAAAGCACACCGACUAUUAGCCAACUUCGGACCAUUGAUAUCGAAUUUGGUGACAGCAGAAUAUUACGCAGCAGACAAAACUAUGUCUCAUGCAGUGAAAUCGAUAGGACAAUUCUGUAGUGGAACGGUGACAUCACUUUGUCUUGUAUCAUAUACAUUUGAUAAAACUGAUGCAAAGGCUUUGAAAGUUCUGUUUAACAAUCUAGAAAAACUCGCUUUGUAUUUUUGCCAUUUCGAACGCGAUGCAAUGGAUUUAUUGGCCCACUGUGAGUCAUUGGUUGAAAUAGACCUUUCUGAUGACGGUUUCAUGGGCCAUCACGACAAAACAGUCUACGAAGCUUUAUUCCAACAUACGUUUCCUAAUUUGGAGGUCUUCACCGGGGACACGACAAGCUACAAAUUAAAAAAUUUCAUUUCACGACACAAAAAGCUAAAAACAUUAAGUUUGUCAUUACAAGAUCACUCAGACCUAUUGCCAACAAUCGCUGACAAUUGCAGUGAGCUGAAGAUAUUGGUGAUAUGUACGGGAAGAUUCGAUUCUUAUCCUGUUCAGCAGGGGAACUCUCAUUAUUAUCCUAUUAGGUAUAAAAUGCCGGUCACUCGCAUUGCGUCUUUAAAACACUUGGAAUUUCUACAAAUUGCUUACGUUCAGAAUCCGUUGGAAUGCAUACAACAGCUACAUCAUUUGGAAUCGUUGAAGGAACUUAUAUUCGAAAGUAAAUGUGGUAGCAGUAGGUUCAUGUCUGCUCUAUCUCAGCUGAAAACGCUGGAAAUGCUACAUUUUUUUUGUAGCGACAAAUGCGUAGAUUUUACCCCACUCGCGAAAAUGGACCGGUUGAAAGAUUUGCUCAUAUCAUCGAGUCAUGGAAAAAUAGCUAAUUUAAACCUAGUCUAUAUGGUCAGUCGUUUAACCAAUUUAGAAAAAUUUCACAUUUAUAUGUUCCCAGAUUUCGAAAUUGACGACAAAACGAACGCUGAACUUGUCGAUGCUCGAUCAAAAAUGAUCGGUCCUCGAAGAAAGCUUGAAAUUAUGUUAAACAGGAAAUUAUUCAAUAUCUAGCACGCACUCGCCAAGACGGGGUUUUUUGACUUUGUUAAAAAAAAGGGCAAACAAAAUCUUGUAAACCAGUAGAACACUCAAAAAUUAAAUUCGUAAAGCAAGUGCUUUUCGGUAAUGAUUGAGGAGAGCUAUGCACUAACAGUUACAAAAAGACUUUUCCCAAAUAAUUUUUUUUUUCGGUUCAUGUAUAUCUCUCGUUAAUUGUAGUAAGUCCAUACGCAGGACUUUUAUCAUAAUUAUGAUGUGCGCACAUUUAAUGAAAAAAUAAACGAAA